AUGAUCGCCUCAACUAUUUUCUGGGCAGCGGGUGCAAUCGCAUCCCUUGCUUCCGCAUCUUCUUGCCCUGGAGGCGACUUUAAACCCAACGCUCCGUCCCAGACAAUAGUAGCUGCCAGUUACAUCGAUAUUUGGAACGGAGACUUCAGUCUCGAAAACAGGACAUUCGCCCCUGACGUGGUCUUAUACCAAGACCGACGGCCUGGUCCCGGUGGCUCCGAAGAGUUGCCGGUGGGUUCCUCUGCCGAGUUCAUCGAGUUUAUGAAGCUGGCCCGCUUUGGCUGGAAUCAUUAUAAAUUUGACAUUCGUAAUCUGGCUUUUGACGGGUACAAUGUUGUUAUCCGAUGGGCCCUCAAUGCAACAGUUGGACCACGCGACAAGAUGCUUAUUCCUAUGUGA